CCCCACUCUUAUCAAGAGCCAGGAGCCUCUGCUUGCCGGGGUUACUUCAGUUUGUGUCGACUGCCCAGAGUCCAUGAACUGAAACACCCACUCCCAGUGAAGAGGAGAGCUGAGCUUGCACCCCAACACCCAGCAAGGCAUUAAAAGUCCCAGAGAAGAGAACCUCCAACAGCACAGCAUUCCGGAGUCUCUCUGUUGAAACAUGUCCCUCUACAGCUUUGGACUGGAGCCGGUGUCCUGCCACGCCUGGAACAAAGACCGCACACAAAUUGCCAUAAGCCCCAACAGCAGUGAGGUGCACAUCUACCAGAAGAGCGGGAAGGACUGGAUCAAAAUCCAUGAGCUGACCGAGCACAGCGGCCGCAUCACAGGCAUUGACUGGGCACCAGAGUCCAACCGCAUAGUGAGCUGUGCCUCGGACAGGAACGCCUAUGUGUGGACCCUGAAGGAGGGCGCAUGGAAACCCACGCUGGUGCUGGUUCGCAUCAACAGGGCCGCCACUUGUGUCAAAUGGUCCCCGCAGGAGAACAAGUUCGCCCUGGGCAGCGGGGCCAAGCUGAUUUCCGUAUGCUAUUUCGAGAAAGAAAAUGACUGGUGGCUCAGUAAACACAUCAAGAAAACCAUCUGCUCCACUGUGCUGAGCCUGGACUGGCAUCCCAACAAUGUGUUACUGGCGGCUGGCUCUGCGGACCUUCAUUGCAGGAUUUUCUCCGCCUACAUCAAGGACAUCGAAGAGAGGCCAGGACCCACACCCUGGGGGGCCAAGAUGCCUUUCGGGGAGAUGCUCCUGGAGCAAAGGGACUGUGGCGGCUGGGUGCACGGCGUGAGCUUCUCUCCAUCUGGCGACCGCCUGGCUUGGGUUAGCCACAACAGCAGCAUCGGUGUGGUCGACGCCCCCAGUGGUAAAGAAGUCACCCAACUGGCCACGGAGCUCCUCCCCCAACUGAGCGUCCUGUUUGUCAGUGAGACGGAGAUAGUGGCGGCGGGUCACGACUGCUGCCCUUUCCAGUACUCCUACAAGGGCCCCAGGGAGCUGAGCUUGGUGAAGAAGCUGGACGUCCCCAAGCAGGCGUCUCGCGGCGGCCUGUCGGCCAUGCAGCACUUCCGUAACCUGGACAAGAAGGCCAUAACCGAGGAGGAGCAGAACGAGCUGGAGAGCCUGCACCAGAACUCCAUCACCCAGCUGCGCAUCGUGGAUGGACCCAAGACCAAGGUCGGCAGGUUCAGCAGCGUGGGCCUGGAUGGGGCCGUGGUCGUUUGGGACUUCAAGCACUGAAAGCGGAGGGAGGGGCGUGCUGUUUGCCGUUCAUCAUCUGCUGUUGGGAUUGCUACUCGCCAUUUAAAGGGUCUGUAAAGACUGAUAAACCAGGAACAGCAUUUAAAGUGCUUUCACUUAAAACUCAAACGCCUAAUUCAAAUACACAGUCAGUACGUUAAAAAAUAUGAACAGAAAAUGAGAUCAGUAAGCUAGCAUGUGUAUUCAACAAGGAACAGAAAAACAGAAAAUAUCAAUAAAUUAUUUACAGCUUUUUACUUAUUGUUCAUCUUUCACUCUGUUUGAAUUUGUAUGCAUGAAUACUUUCUGUUUUUACUGCAACAGGAAAUUUUAUUUGAAAGUUCAAAUUUAAUUGUAGAAUAAACAAAUCUUUGCACUGCGGAA